UCUGAUAUGCACAGAGACUUAAUGAUGUGGAGUCUGAAAAUGACUCUUAUGAAACCACGUGCUGUAUUAUUGUUGCAUUUUUUUGGCUAGGCUAUUUCUUUUGCUAUGUUCAUCGAUUCUAUUUAAAUCUGACUAUAUGAUGUAGCGGCUUAUGCACCAGAAUACCAAUAACUUUAAUAUAUUUGUCCAUUCUUGUGUUUCUUGAUCUUCUCUUAACAUUCUUUUGAGUAUGUAGAGACAUAUGAUUAUUCUAAGGGCUACUGGUUUCAUCAUCAAGCUGCAUUUAUAUAUAUUCUUGUUUCAAUACUGUUUUAUUAAAUUUGAGCUCCAUUCCUGAUAGUGUUCUGUGCAUAGUAUCUUUUUUCUGGUCUACGGUUAACUUUCGUUCUACCUCUGAGAUUUCAUGCAGAACUACCACUAGUUUUAGUCACUGGCUUUAGAAGUUAAAGAAUAGUUUUAAUCUUCUUUUAUUUGCAUAAAUGGAACCAUCUUGACCAAUUUGAUUUCAGGAUGUAGAAAAGAAAUUUCAGGAUUGCACCUCAAGGAUGGAACCAUCUCAGUGUUUCUUUGCACAUGAGAUUAUUAAGAACAUAGACACCCCACUCUUUAUUCUCAACCCAGCAUACGAUGUUUGGCAGAUACAACAUAUAUUGGCUCCAGAAUCAUCUGAUACUCAACAAUCAUGGCAAAGGUGCAAGCUGAACAUUCACAAUUGUGAUUCCAACCAGAUUGAAUCUCUCCAAGGAUUCAGGGUUGCCUUGCUUAAUUCCUUGAGUGAUUUUCAGCAUAACAGGAAUGGGGGCAUGUUUAUAGAUUCUUGCUUCAUACAUUGUCAGACAAUAAGCAAUAUCACAUGGCACUCUCCAAAUUCUCCAAAAAUUAAUAAUAAGACUUAUAAAUUAUAAUUGUGCAGACAUGAGGAAGAGCAAAGGGAAAGCAACAGGUCCACUGAUUGUUCUUUACUUUGAUUGGAUUUGUUGACAUUUAUAUUGUGAAAUAACUAUAACUUUUUAUUGUUGUGCAG